AUGGAGAAAGUGGUGGUAAAGGAAUUGGAAGCACAAAGGGGUCGAGCGGUGGAUGCCGUGCGAGGAGUGCCCCCGAGGGGGAGGGAUGGAUAUGUGGUCAGUGGUGUAGAGGAGAGUACAGACAGUCCGAGUGAUUAUGUCUUCUGCCUCAAGACAACUACACUUAAGCACAUAUCUCAAGACAUCGUCAGCGGUUCCGAUCUCAACACCAAAAUGAACGACCCGUCCUUACAAUGCGAAGCGUUGGCCGAUAUGUUGAACAGGUUUGAUAUCAAUGGCAACACAUCCACACCAGCGAUGAAGAUAUCGCAACAAAUGGACGAAAGAGUGGAAGAGUUGACGACCGAAGCGCUGAUCGAACGGAACAAGUCUUGGGAGGGAUUGCAGACAAAAGCCGACCAACAGAAGAGUCGGGGCUUCAUCUACGGCCUGUCCAUCGGUGCCAUCAUUUGUCCCUUUUGUCGCACUGAUUAUCUCCAAUCAAACGGACACCUCUUGGGCUGUAUUUCGUGCGGAUCGCGUGUCGAGACUCGCCUUUCCAUCGAUGAGAUCACCCGAAGAAUGAAAGAAGUGAUCCAAAAGCAUGCGAUGAGUGGUUGCAAAGACCAGUUCCCGCAGAUAAGUGUCUUGCAGUCCAAACUGACGGUCUAUUGUGAUACCUGUCCCCUGNAUGAAAGAAGUGAUCCAAAAGCAUGCGAUGAGUGGUUGCAAAGACCAGUUCCCGCAGAUAAGUGUCUUGCAGUCCAAACUGACGGUCUAUUGUGA